GAGUCAGCCAAGAGAGGGAGGAAAAAAAAGAGCGAGGGAGAGAGAGAGAGAGAGGAAGACAGGCUGACACACUUCAUAAUGCAAGGUAUCCGACCCCCCAUCCUCAAUGGGCCCAUGCACCCGCGGCCCCUGGUGGCCCUGCUGGACGGCCGUGACUGCACUGUGGAGAUGCCCAUCCUCAAAGAUGUGGCGACAGUGGCUUUCUGCGACGCCCAGUCCACGCAAGAGAUUCACGAGAAGGUGUUAAAUGAAGCGGUCGCCGCUCUGCUGUACCACACUAUCACUCUGUCCAGAGAUGACCUGGAAAAGUUCAAAGGCCUACGAGUAAUCGUCCGGAUCGGCUCCGGCUUUGACAACGUUGACGUCAAAGCGGCUGCUGAGCUUGGCAUUGCCGUCUGUAACGUGCCAGCGUCCUCUGUGGAGGAGACAGCCGACACCUCUCUGUGUCUGAUCCUCAACCUGUACAGGCGGGUCACCUGGAUGCACCAGGCCCUGAGGGAGGGCACCCGGGCCUCCAGCGUGGAGCAGAUCAGGGAGGUGGCUGGAGGGGCCGCUCGCAUCCGAGGAGAGACGCUGGGCAUUAUUGGUCUAGGGCGCGUCGGUCAGGCGGUGGCUCUGCGGGCCAAGGCCUUUGGCUUCGGGGUGAUCUUCUACGACCCGUACCUGCCGGACGGCGUGGAGCGCUCCCUGGGUCUGCAGCGAAUGGCCACCCUGCAGGAUCUGCUCAUCCACUCUGACUGCGUCUCCCUGCACUGCAGCCUCAACGAGCACAACCACCACCUCAUUAAUGACUUCACCAUCAAACAGAUGCGUCAAGGAGCCUUCUUGGUGAACACGUCGAGAGGCGGGCUGGUCGAUGAGAAAGCACUGGCUCAGGCCCUGAAGGAGGGUCGGAUACGAGGCGCCGCCCUGGACGUCCACGAGACGGAACCUUUCAGCUUCUCCACGGGCCCCCUGAAGGACGCCCCCAACCUGAUCUGUACUCCGCACACAUCCUGGUACAGUGAGCAGGCCUCCGUCGAGGCUCGCGAGGAAGCAGCCAGGGAAGUGCGCCGGGCCAUCACCGGCCGUAUUCCUGAUAGCCUGAAGAACUGUGUUAAUAAGGAGUAUCUGAUGGCAGCCUCUCAGUGGCCCAAGAUGGAGGCAGCCACCGUUCAUCCAGAACUCAACGGAGCCACCUACAGAUUUCCUCCAGGUCUGAUCAAUGUCGCAGCAGCAGGGGGUCUCCCCGGAGCCGGCGCGGGAGUGGAGAGCCUGGUCUCAGGAACCCUGGCGCACGGCAUCGCCCCCGUCUCCCACCCCCCCCACGCCCCGUCCCCGGGGCAGCCCACCAAGGCUGAAGCCGACAGAGACAUCCCCUCCGACCAAUAGCCCCCCUGCCCCGCCCCGCCCCCCCUCCCCUCCCGCCGCUGCCAGCACAUUCCGUCAUCUCUGGAAACCGCACCCCCCCCCCCCAGGAUCAGACAUCAGACGCAACCAGACCCUCCAGUACAGCGGCAGCAGCAGUUUGGCCUGUCGUGGAUCUACAGUCUGUCCUCAGAUCACACAACCAGCCCAGGAGUGACCGAUCCACAGCUUCCCCCAUCUCACCCACCCCCCCCUGGACACACGCAUCCCUCCAUUCCCAUCCCACCCAUCAGCCACCCCCCCCCCCCCCCACCCCCCCCACACCCCCGCCCCCCCCACUACGUCAGCAAUAACUGUUCUCAAGGAUUCAAAGGUCGGAUUGGUUUCUUUCCUUAGUUGGCUGUUGUUUUAAUGAAAAGUUGAUCUGUUUGUGGUUGUAGGUGAUAUUGUUUAUAAAAAAAAAAAAAAAAUAGCAUUUUCUGACGUGAGGCUCUUCAGUCCGCCGCCCCGCGCGCCCCGGCUCUGCCGGCCGGAGGCGUGUCGGCGGAGCAGUUGGAGCCCCACUUUGUACAUUAAUGGCUCAUGUUACUGCUCUUUUUUUUUUUCUUCUUUUUUUUUCUUUCUUUCUUUCCCUCUUUCUUCCCUCCCUCCACUCUUCUUAAGACGGUGGAUAGUGUGUACUGAAGUAAACCGGACAGAUCCCCAGCCAGUGCUCCCUGUCCUCCCCUCAGCCCUCUCACGCCCCGGUCUCUCCCCGGCUCCGCCACCAGAGAACCGUCAGUGUGACGCUCUGACCGUCGGAGUGCGUUUGAUCCGCUCUGCUCGUGUUUAAGUGUUAAACCUUUUGAGGGGUCACCCAGUAUACUUUAAGCUGUUCCUGCUGUCAUUGUGUAGUUUGUUUAAAUGGUCGUCCCCCCCUCCGCAUCGACACGUGCUGUGCCACUUUGUGGAUUAUCACCCCCCCCCCCCCCCCCCCCCCCCCCCCCCCACCCCCCCCACCUCCCCGAGAUCAAAGUUAAGUUGUAUCAGGUGGCAUCAGAGCGCAUUGGUAUGAAUUUCCUUCACCUGCCAGCAGCCGAGCAGUGUCUGAGGUCCUGUGCUCCUCAGAGACGCAACCUUAGCAGCUUUUUCAUGCUAGGAGGAGUGAAAAUUUCAAAAAAAGAAAAACCCCCCCCAACAUGCCAGAGGUGUUUCUGCCAGCAGAGGGCGCCGUCUGGCCACUGAGAGCUGAGAAUCUGCAUCUCACCUCAGUGAGGCAGGAGUUCAAGUGUCAGCUUCACACGAUUAGAAGAACGCGACCACACACUGCCGAAAUCUCACUCUGGGAAGCAGGGAUCGACCACCGCCUUAUUGUUUGAAAUCAUCUCACGUCCCCCAAGACCACCCCGCCCGCACCCUCCCACCCUCUGUCACGGCCCCCACCCACCCACCCACCCACCCGCCUGCCUCCACAUCCGCUCAUCCACCAGUGUGCAGCCCACCAUUUCCUUCAGCUGUGAGUGAACAGUAGAGAUUUGAAACCCUUGAGGAGCAGUGGGACAGUGGUCUUGCAUGCUGGCUUCGUUAACGACAGUGGUGUGUGUGUGUGUGUGUGUGUGUGUGCGCGUGCGUGCAUUAGUCUUUCUUUCUGUGCGUAUGGACUGUGUGGCUGUGUGUGUUUGUCCUCUCGCCCUGUUAAGAUAACAAGCUGUUGUCGUUCCAAAGGAAUAGUCCCUAGGAGUAACUCUUAAACGCCGUUGCCCUGGUGUCAAGGGAACACCUUUCUAGUACCUCAGUAACAGAUAUUGAAUGUACCGUGCAUACCCUUUUAUUUUUUGUACAGAUUUUCUAGAUAACGUCUUUACUAUUCUUUACUAGAAGGGUUGUGAAAUUGUAGCAGUAAUGAGACAAUAAAAAAAAGAAAAAAAAAAAAAAAGGAACCCACCACCACCCCGGGAAAUGAUUUGACAGAAUCUUUGUAGUUUGGAUAAGGUCACUGAAUACUCAGGCUUCAAAACCAAUGUGUUUCUCUUUGCCUUUUACCUUCGUUUUCCUCGUGGAAAAGUCAGCACAAAAUUCCGCUUUCCCCAUUCGUGGACUUCAGACUGUAGUUGAUGUGUUUCGGCCUCCAACUUACCGACGUUUGAAAAUUGACACAAAAAAAAAAAACAAAAAAAAAAAACAAAAGGCGGUCGUCGUGGUCUGCUAGUUUUCUUUCCUUAGAUCAGUAAUAGUCGUAGAAGCUGUUUUUGUUUUUCCAUUUGACCCCCCUUCACUGUCGAGCUGCUCUCUCUAUAGUGCAUGUGAGGUAAUUUUUUAAAAGGGGAGAUACUAUUGACCCCGUUCCCCAGCCGUGCCCUUCUCUCCCCCCUCCCCUCCUUUGAAGGUGUUUUCAACCCGAGUUGCCAUUUUUUUUUGUCGUGGUCAGUUUCCAGUGAUGUACAGUUUCCCCCCGCAGAGUCUACGAGAGACACGGAGCAUGUCUGUGUCCUGAGAAGUUCGGCUCCUCUGUCAUGUGAUGAUGAGUAUAUAUUUUUAAAAUAAAAAAAAAAGUAACCCCCAUAGUUCGGAUUAUGAGCAUAAUAGUUAUCUUAAAUUUUGCUGUUGAUGAUGAUUAUAUAUAUAUUUUUCAGUUCAGCAGUGCACUGUUAAUGAAAACCAUUGUUUAUUGUAGGAUUUCAUUUUUUAUGGAUAUGCUGUCUGUUCUACAUGUUGUACUGAAACAUUUCAGAGAAAAACGAGACCCCCCCUUUUCUUUUUUUCUUUUUUUCUUUUUUUUUUUUUGAGUUUUGUCGUGUCCCACCUGUCCUCUCCAGCUUUUAUCCCGUGGGCCUUACUUCUUCUUCUUCUCCCCCUGUAACAGUAGCUGUUUUAGAAAGACGCCAUGGAACCACUCACUGCCUUAAUACAGUUGACCACAGCAGGUGAAGUCAGGAGACACACCCAGCCGAGACGCUCGGACCCCCAUCCAGUCCGCUCUGCUUAAACGAAACAAAAAAAAAAAAACAAAGCCCCUCACGCCCUGAUCAGCCUGGACCCACUGCAUCCGCCGCU